GCGGCGGGUUCAACCAUGGCGCGGUGAAAUAUGUUUAUCCAGAUCGACAUUUUGUAGGGGGGAAAGCGAACGAAUAAGCUUCACAAUGGCAAGAAAACAUGUGCUCCGAAGCAACAGAUGUUACAGUUCUAGAAAAUUGAAGAAGAUACUAAUGUGGUCACGAAAAAAUGGUCCCAAAACAUGUUGACAAAAGAGCGCGCGAUAUUUUGAGACCACUUUGGUGAUAAAAAUGGAUGACAGGCCAAACACGACUCCUAUUGGUCAAGAUAGGAAAACUUUGACCUUCAAAGUUUUGCUCUAACGAGUACGUUUUUUAAAGAUCCCCCUUUUCUGUAUGAAAGGGAGGGUCUUUACAGAUCUCCCUUAGCAGAGGCUGCUUUUGUAUUAAAAGCCAUUUACUCAUGAGAAUGGUUUUAAGAUUAGGCACAGAUGGGCGAUAUUCUGUAACAAACGGCAAAAUCCUUUUGCACGUUUUUUGUUUAUUUUGUAGAGCCGACAUUCUUUCGCUAAAUUUAAUUUCUGAGAGAGUGUUUUAUAAAAGGUUAUCUGGAUAACCUCUGUCGCGUAAUCUGCGUUUGAAAUGUGUAAUGUUUUCUUCAAAUGUAGCUUUUGAAGAGUUGGUUCUCAGAAGUCUUAAGGCUGCGCCUUUGUUAUAUAAAGCCUUUCCUGACGCCUAGAGGGUGGCAGGAGGUGAAGUGUGUGUAUCGGAACGUUUCUGCCGGUUUGAAGUGCGUGCGCGCGUCGUGAAUGGAUUCCUUCUUGAAUCUUUCACCCUCAUAUACGCAUGUAUCCAGGAAAGUUAUUUCUGUAUCUGAAAUUUCAGCCGUGAAUUUUUCUGGAUGUUUUCAAUUCUUUCUUCAUGUUUGUUUACAUUGAUUCUCGGUUCAAGGACCGUGUAAUGUGCCUUAUUCAUACAAUCAUAGUUAGCUUUUCAUCAUUGCUCUUACGCUGUUCUAGCUGUUUAAUCCUGUGGAGUUUGGUUUUAUUCUGCUCUACUCGCCUGUGGUGAAAUUUAAUGAGAGCGCCUAAAUAUUUCUGCUGGGCGUUCUUUCUGACUAUGGCAAUGUCUUGUUUGGAUUCUUCAUUGGGCGAAAUAUUCGCCCUUUCGUCGUAACGCAAAGUUUUUGGGCAAGUUCCCUCAUCAGAAUGUGCUUUCAGCUAAGAGAUGGACUCUUCGAACUUUUUGGUGCUCGUAACUGCCACGCGGAACGUCACGGUAGAACUUAUUAGGUGGUUUGGAUGGUUGCUCGUCCUGGCGCUCUUUUGGUUUGUCCAUUGACCGUUGAAUGUGAGCGCUAGGAAAUUCAUCUUCCGAGUUCAGCAGCGAGUCGUCAGGAUAAGCAGCAGAGUCUUCUGUAUACAAUGAUGCGGCUUUAGAAAGUAACCCGUCUUCAUUUAGGAUUGUUUCUUCCCCCAUCUGACCAUAUUUGGGUAUUUGUACUUCGCGCGCAGUCGCCAAGUGACGUUCCCGUUCUCUUGCUAAAUCAGCCUAUUUUGCGCCAGCAUCAACCUCGUUCCCAGUUCCACCCCCAAACCAGGGAAAAGGCCCUGAGAACGAGAUUGCCAAGCAAGUCCUGGGAUUUUUCAUGGCUGCUUACACAACCUGCAAACUGCCUGUUGAAACAUGGCGGCCGUUUCACAUUACUGGAUAGCGACGCGUGUGAAAUCGAAAGCGUGGUUUAGAGGAUGCAUAUUCCAGCACAUAUGGCGAGAGAAAUGCCUAAGCUACACCUUCGGGACAGAACGGGGCAGCCAGCAAUAUCGUUUAAAGCAUGUUUUGUACCUCACGCGACUGUUGUUGGACCAUCUCUUGAGACACAGAUUCGAGGAAGCUCUGGAGUGCCUUGUUGGAUUAUGUGGAGCAUGUCGCAGAAUACCUGAGCUAUUUUGGAGGACAGGAGUUGAAGUAAUAAGAAAUCAACCAGGGAGCUUUGCUCAUGUAAGCCAGAUGAUCAAGAAUAUGUUUGUGAUCUGUGUUCCAUUUAAAAGUGAGAUAUUGCUUGACCUUACCAUGUAUUUGGUCAAACACAACUCUGACAUCACUGAAGCGCAGGAGUUGCUGACAUCUAAACUUUCACAAAAACCAUUUUUGUCAAGCACCCUUCUCAGAGCAUACAAUGGACUCUUUGCUUAUCUUUCGUGGAAGAAAUGCAAGGUCCAGUUUGACAAGAAAGAUUUAGAUGCUGAAGAUCUUUUUAUGGCUGAAAAUGUGAAUGAUGCUAACUUGAGACGUCAAAUGGACUUUUAUGGGAAGAAAGCAUUAAUUUUGUUUGAUAAUCUAGUGGAACAUUGUGGUGUGUGGGAUAUUUUCAUUACAAGGCAAGUUGAGAUGUUAAAGUAUUAUGACAGAGCUGAUGAAGCAAAGAGGAUCUUACUGAGAUACAAGCAAAAGAACCCAGAGAACCCCAAUGCACACAGGUACUUGUACUACUUUCUCAAGAGUGAAAAUGUCCACAAAAAAGAACUUCUCAAUGUACUUGAAGACUUGUUAACUGUUGAUCCAACAAGUGAGCUUAGUGAAGAAUACUGCAAGCUUGUUACAAACAAGACUGAUGAAUCGAAAGGACUGCUUGACAUCUUAAGUGCUGUUUUCAUCAAGCUCGAUCAUGCAGCUUGUCGACACUGUCUCACAGCCUGGGAGACACUCGCCCACACUCUCCAGCAGUUCUGCACUGCACAUGACAGGAGCAAAUUGAGCAUGCUCUGGGACGAGCGAGCUGAUUGGUGGCCACUGUUCCACUUUCGUUCCGAUCUUGUACCCAAGAAGGAUCACGUGUCUGAAAUAGAGUGGAAAUUGACUCGUCACAAGGCCGAGGCUGCAAGAUGGCUUCUUGGCAAAGGAAACCAUUUUACUAAAGCUGUUAAGAAGCAAGAACCACUGGAUAAUGCAGUUGACUCGUCUUCAUCUCAGAGUGAUACAGCAUCGCCGAGGAAAAGAAAACCUGCCACGUUGUUCAGCGAGUCGCCGUCACCUCGAAAAAGAAAAAAUAAAACGGCUGCGACAAAGAUGCGUGAUGCUGUGUCUUCCCCAACCAAGAGAAAAAUUCUGUGAAGAUGACACAUUGUAUUAGAAUAAUACACAUCAGCUGAUGUCUUCUUAGGGAGAAAAUAACAAUAAAAAUGUUACAUCAUA